UUUCUGUUGCAAAAGGUUUUGCAACAGACCAAAAAUGUCGCAAAUGAAUACACCCAUGCUCUUGCAGUAGCUAGCAGACUGCAGUCAGUGGAAUCAGGCUUUGUACACGUUAUAGCGCCGAGGAGCGGACAAAUUACUUUUCUUACUCUCUUUCGCCGUUACUGAGGACUUCAUAAAGUCUCACUGUGUUGUAUAACGUUAUUACAGCGGUGACUUUUCGUAUUUUCCCUUUCUUUUUGGCUGUGGAGAACGUGUUAAAAAUACAGCUAGUUUUCACAAUGGCGACAGCAGCAGUAUCUGCCAGUGCUGGCAGCGGCCCCAACCCCGGAUCUGGCGCUGAGUUAGUCCGAGGACAGGUCUUCGAUGUCGGCCCUCGCUACCACAAUCUCUCCUAUAUUGGCGAGGGCGCCUAUGGAAUGGUGUGCUCUGCAUAUUGCCGUGACAACAAGGUCCGCGUUGCGAUUAAGAAGAUCAGUCCGUUUGAACACCAGACAUACUGCCAGAGGACUCUGAGAGAGAUUAAGAUCCUGCUGCGCUUCAAACAUGAGAACAUCAUCAGCAUCAACGACAUCAUCCGCAUGCCCUCCAUCCACCAGAUGAAGGACGUCUACAUCGUGCAGGACCUGAUGGAGACAGAUCUGUAUAAGCUGCUGAAGACCCAGCACCUGAGCAACGAUCACAUCUGUUACUUCCUGUACCAGAUCCUGAGAGGCCUGAAGUACAUCCACUCAGCUAACGUCCUGCACCGUGAUCUCAAACCCUCCAACCUGCUGCUCAAUACCACCUGUGAUCUAAAGAUCUGUGACUUUGGUCUUGCACGUGUAGCUGACCCAGACCAUGACCACACGGGCUUCCUGACAGAGUACGUUGCGACUCGUUGGUACCGUGCGCCUGAGAUCAUGCUCAACUCAAAGGGUUACACCAAGUCGAUUGAUAUCUGGUCUGUGGGCUGCAUCCUGGCUGAGAUGCUCUCCAAUAGACCCAUCUUCCCCGGGAAGCACUACCUGGACCAGCUCAACCACAUACUGGGUAUCCUAGGGUCUCCUUCACAGGAGGAUCUGAACUGCAUCAUUAACAUCAAGGCCAGGAACUACCUGCUGUCUCUCCCGCUGCGCUGCAAGGUCCCCUGGAACCGCCUUUUCCCCAACGCUGACCCCAAAGCUCUGGACCUGCUGGACAAGAUGUUGACCUUUAACCCCCACAAGAGGAUCGAGGUAGAGGAGGCUCUGGCUCACCCUUACCUGGAGCAGUACUACGAUCCUACAGAUGAGCCUGUAGCUGAGGCUCCUUUCAAGUUUGACAUGGAGCUGGAUGAUCUCCCCAAAGAGACCCUGAAGGAGCUGAUCUUUGAAGAGACGGCUCGCUUCAACACAGUCUGCAGGUCCUAACCUAUAGAACCAGAUCAGACUCUGGACUCUCCUCGUUGUGUGCUCUGGUUCCUCCUGUCUUCAGCCUGUAUACUCCCCCCCCACCUUCCUCAGUCAGACCACCAUGCUCAGGAACGGGUUUCAGGAAUCAAUCUGUCCUUUCUCCCUCUAUCCCUCCCCUCUCUCCCUACGGGGUGAGGAGGGUCACAUGUUGGCUUAUUGUUUAUUAUCCCCCCACCCACUCCUCACUGCCUACGGGGGACUAUUGGAAAGCACUAUGUAGGGAAUAGGGCUCUGGGCUAUAGUAGUGCACUAUAUAGGGAAUAGGGCUCUGGUCUAAAGUAGUGCACUAUAUAGGUAACAUGACUCUAGUCUAUAGUAGUACACUAUAUAGGGAAUAGGGCCCUGGUCUAAAAGUAGUGCACUAUAUAGGGGAAUAGGGCCCUGGUCUAUAGUAGUACACUAUAUAGGGAAUAGAGCUCUGGUCUAUAGUAGUACCACUAUAUAGGGAAUAGGGCCCUGGUCUAAAGUGGUGUACCAUAUAGGGAAUAGUGCUCUGGUCUAUAGUAGUGCACUAUGUAGGGAAUAGUGAUCUGGUCUAAAGUAGUGUACUAUAUAGGGAAUAGGGCCUGGUCUAAAGUAGUACACUAUAUAGGGAGUAGGGCCCUGGUCUAUAGUAGUGCACUAUAUAGGGAAUAGGGCCCUGGUCUAUAGUAGUACACUAUAUAGGGAAUAGGGCAAUGGUCUAUAGUAGUGCACUAUAUAGGGAAUAGGGCCCUGGUCUAUAGUAGUACCACUAUAUAGGGAAUAGGGCCCUGGUCUAUAGUAGUACACUAUAUAGGGAAUAGGGCCCUGGUCUAUAGUAGUACACUAUAUAGGGAAUAGGGCCCUGGUCUAUAGUAGUACCACUAUAUAGGGAAUAGGGCUCUGGUCUAUAGUAGUACCACUAUAUAGGGAAUAGGGCCCUGGUCUAUAGUAGUAUACUAUAUAGGGAAUAGGGCCCUGGUCUAUAGUAGUACCACUAUAUAGGGAAUAGGGCUCUGGUCUAUAGUAGUACCACUAUAUAGUGAAUAGGGCCCUGGUCUAUAGUAGUACACUAUAUAGGGAAUAGGGCCCUGGUCUAUAGUAGUACCACUAUAUAGGGAAUAGGGCUCUGGUCUAUAGUAGUACCACUAUAUAGGGAAUAGGGCCCUGGUCUAUAGUAGUACCACUAUAUAGGGAAUAGGGCCCUGGUCUAUAGUAGUACCACUAUAUAGGGAAUAGGACUCUGGUCUAAAGUAGUGCACUAUAUAGGGAAUAGGGCUCUGGUCACUAGUAGUACCACUAUAUAGGGAAUAGGACUCUGGUCUAUAGUAGUGCACUAUAUAGGGAAUAGGGCUCUGGUCUAUAGUAGUGCACUAUAUAGGGAAUAGGGCUCUGGUCUAUAGUAGUACCACUAUAUAGGGAAUAGGGCCCUGGUCUAUAGUAGUACCACUAUAUAGGGAAUAGGGCCCUGGUCUAUAGUAGUACCACUAUAUAGGGAAUAGGACUCUGGUCUAAAGUAGUGCACUAUAUAGGGAAUAGGGCUCUGGUCACUAGUAGUACCACUAUAUAGGGAAUAGGACUCUGGUCUAUAGUAGUGCACUAUAUAGGGAAUAGGGCUCUGGUCUAUAGUAGUGCACUAUAUAGGGAAUAGGGCUCUGGUCUAUAGUAGUACCACUAUAUAUAAUUUUUGUACAGCUUCUUUUCUUUUCUAACUAUCUGAAGCCGAGCUAUGAUCAGGAACUCGUAGGUGAUAUCACUCUACCAAGAAAGACCCCGCAUUAAUGACAACAACUUAUUUAUGCAAUGAAAUAAUGCUCUCUGUACCUGGACAGACAGACACAGGACAGGUUGUUGACAUAAUGCUCUCUGUACCUGGACAGACAGACACAGGACAGGUUGUUGACAUAAUGCUCUCUGUACCUGGACAGACACAGGACAGGUUGUUGACAUAAUGCUCUCUGUACCUGGACAGACAGACACAGGACAGGUUGUUGACAUAAUGCUCUCUGUACCUGGACAGACACAGGACAGGUUGUUGACAUAAUGCUCUCUGUACCUGGACAGACAGACACAGGACAGGUUGUUGACAUAAUGCUCUCUGUACCUGGACAGACAGACACAGGACAGGUUGUUGACAUAAUGCUCUCUGUACCUGGACAGACAGACACAGGACAGGUUGUUGACAUAAUGCUCUCUGUACCUGGACGGACACAGGACAGGUUGUUGACAUAAUGCUCUCUGUACCUGGACAGACAGACACAGGACAGGUUGUUGACAUAAUGCUCUCUGUACCUGGACAGACAGACACAGGACAGGUUGUUGACAUAAUGCUCUCUGUACCUGGACAGACAGACACAGGACAGGUUGUUGACAUAAUGCUCUCUGUACCUGGACAGACAGACACAGGACAGGUUGUUGACAUAAUGCUCUCUGUACCUGGACAGACAGACACAGGACAGGUUGUUGACAUAAUGCUCUCUGUACCUGGACGGACAGACACAGGACAGGUUGUUGACAUAAUGCUCUCUGUACCUGGACAGACAGACACAGGACAGGUUGUUGACAUAAUGCUCUCUGUACCUGGACGGACACAGGACAGGUUGUUGACAUAAUGCUCUCUGUACCUGGACAGACAGACACAGGACAGGUUGUUGACAUAAUGCUCUCUGUACCUGGACAGACAGACACAGGACAGGUUGUUGACAUAAUGCUCUCUGUACCUGGACAGACAGACACAGGACAGGUUGUUGGUAGAGAGAUGAUUCUGAAAGUAACGCAUGUGUUGUCGAAGUAACUGUAAUAAUAGAACCCAAUUUGAAAAAGUAACAUGUUGCUUUACUCUGUUACUCAUAAAAGUAAUCUGUUACUUUUGUAACACUGGUUAGUAAUCUCCCUCCCUCCCAGAUAGAAUACGUAGGUCCUCCACUUCCUCCUCUUGAGGAAGAGCAGACGGACCAGACCAACGGACAGUAUCAACCUGGCCUGUGGAGCAGGGUCUUCACUGUUAAAUGAUAAAUAAUAAUAAUAAUAAUAUAUGCCAUUUAGCAGACGCUUUUAUCCAAAGCGACUUACAGUCAUGUGUGCAUAAAUUCCUCCUCUCCUCCCUCUGGUGAAUCUCUUUCUGGGUCUUUGGCCUUGUGACAGUAAGACUGUAUCCUUUUGACUGUUAAACACUCUGUCUACAUAUUGAUAAUGUCUGGUUGGCUGGGCCCUGUUUCAGCUCCUCCCCCUAACCCCUGGGCCCUGUUUCAGCUCCUCCCCCUAACCCCCUGGGCCCUGUUUCAGCUCCUCCCCCUAACCCCCUGGGCCCUGUUUCAGCUCCUCCCCCUAACCCCCUGGGCCCUGUUUCAGAUCCUCCCCCUAACCCCCUGGGCCCUGUUUCAGCUCCUCCCCCUAACCCCCUGGGCCCUGUUUCAGCUCCUCCCCCUAACCCCCUGGGCCCUGUUUCAGCUCCUCCCCCUAACCCCCUGGGCCCUGUUUCAGCUCCUCCCCCUAACCCCUGGGCCCUGUUUCAGUUACGAUAUGUUGUUGAACGUUGCAGAUAGACUACGGCUGAUGUUAUUCUGUGUACUAGAUGCGUUCUACAUCAUACUGCUCCUUUAUGUGCAUGACCUCUGCCCCCCGGGUACACUGAAAUUUGUUCCUUUUGGGGGGGAGUUUUCCUUUAACUAUCUCUUUGGUAUUUGUUUCAUUAGUUCAUUGUUGUUCAUAGCUGACAAGCAAAACAUUUUGGGACUACAAUGAACUGAAACAAAUACUAAAAUAUAUUUUGGGGGUGGAGUUUAACUAAUCAGAUCAAGGCACUUAACAUGGUGCUUGUGCAGUAAUAUGCUAAUGAUAUGCAGAUCAGUGGAUCCCAAUCAGGUGGCAGCACACCUUCACAAAUUUAAAUAUCUCGGAGAGCACACCCCCUUUUUAUUUUUACCAAGUUAAUAAACUUAUAAUUUCUUGAUCUUAAAUAAGAUUCCCCAUUUAAAGCAACAAAAAAACCCAUAGGCGAUGUAUAUUAAAAAUACUGUUUAUAAUUAUAUAUAUAUUACGUACCUUCAUGUGUAAAACAAUGUAUACUGACAAACCUACAGAGGCAUGAGUCAGAUGACAUAAUAUGUACAUUAUCAGUCCACUGGAGCCGUUUCAAUAGUUUGGAUGUUUCUAGUGUGGUGGUUUAUGUAUGCAAGUUCCCCUUUAACACGGUAUCACCACCCGUUGGAUCUGUGACAGACUGUAACAGCAUUAUAAUAUAAUAAUAAUAAUAAUAAUAAUAAUAAUAAUAAUAUAUGCUAUUUAGCAGACGCUUUUAUCCAAAGCGACUUACAGUCAUGUGUGCAUACAUUCUACGUAUGGGUGGUCCCGGGGAUCGAACCCACUAUCCUGGCGUUACAAGCGCCAUGCUCUACCAACUGAGCUACAGAAGGACAAUUAUAAACGAGUCCCGUCUGUUUCUCCCUCCUUCCCCGAACUAGAAGAACAAAUAACAAGGAUUAAUAACGGAGGCAUUAUCAGUGACACAAGAUGUCUGCAUCUCUCUAGAUCUAUACGCUAGCUUCUCUUUGACACCAUCGCAGCGGUCAUAGUUCACUUCUCGUCAACAGUUCAUGUCUUAGUGUCUUCGUUCCUAUUUGCUUCAGCUUUCCCUGUUUCACAUAACAUUUAUCACCCUUAUUUAAGUUCCAUACACAACCAAUGCAAGGGAAGCUGGCUAGUUGUUAGUAGCUUGAGCUCCUUCAUCAGUAUUUGAGAUGCUCAGAGAGAACAUUCUCCAUGUCUGCUGCCAUUUCACUGGCCAUAGUAUCUAAGUGGCCAAACAUCUAUAUAGAUCUCUGCUCCAGUAACUGGCUGUGGUUUCACACCUCUGCUCCAGUAACUGGCUGUGGUUUCACACCUCUGCUCCAGUAACUGGCUGUGGUUUCACACCUCUGCUCCAGUAACUGGCUGUGGUUUCACACCUCUGCUCCAGUAACUGGCUGUGGUUUCACACCUCUGCUCCAGUAACUGGCUGUGGUUUCACAUCUCUGCUCCAGUAGCUGGCUGUGGUUUCACAUCUCUGCUCCAGUAACUGGCUGUGGUUUCACACCUCUGCUCCAGUAACUGGCUGUGGUUUCACACCUCUGCUCCAGUAACUGGCUGUGGUUUCACAUAUCUGCUCCAGUAACUGGCUGUGGUUUCACAUCUCUGCUCCAGUAACUGGCUGUGGUUUCAUAUCUCUGCUCCAGUAACUGGCUGUGGUUUCACAUCUCUGCUCCAGUAACUGGCUGUGGUUUCACAUCUCUGCUCCAGUAACUGGCUGUGGUUUCACAUCUCUGCUCCAGUAACUGGCUGUGGUUUCACACCUCUGCUCCAGUAACUGGCUGUGGUUUCAUACCUCUGCUCCAGUAACUGGCUGUGGUUUCAUAUCUCUGCUCCAGUAACUGGCUGUGGUUUCAUAUCUCUGCUCCAGUAACUGGCUGUGGUUUCAUACCUCUGCUCCAGUAACUGGCUGUGGUUUCAUACCUCUGCUCCAGUAACUGGCUGUGGUUUCAUAUCUCUGCUCCAGUAACUGGCUGUGGUUUCAUAUCUCUGCUCCAGUAACUGGCUGUGGUUUCAUAUCUCUGCUCCAGUAACUGGCUGUGGUUUCAUACCUCUGCUCCAGUAACUGGCUGUGGUUUCAUAUCUCUGCUCCAGUAACUGGCUGUGGUUUCAUACCUCUGCUCCAGUAACUGGCUGUGGUUUCACACCUCUGCUCCAGUAACUGGCUGUGGUUUCACACCUCUGCUCCAGUAACUGGCUGUGGUUUCAUAUCUCUGCUCCAGUAACUGGCUGUGGUUUCAUACCUCUGCUCCAGUAACUGGCUGUGGUUUCACACCUCUGCUCCAGUAACUGGCUGUGGUUUCAUACCUCUGCUCCAGUAACUGGCUGUGGUUUCACACCUCUGCUCCAGUAACUGGCUGUGGUUUCACACCUCUGCUCCAGUAACUGGCUGUGGUUUCACACCUCUGCUCCAGUAACUGGCUGUGGUUUCAUACCUCUGCUCCAGUAACUGGCUGUGGUUUCACACCUCUGCUCCAGUAACUGGCUGUGGUUUCAUGCGACACCUAUCAGACUUCAUACCAAGUCUAAUGCCAAGUCUAGAGCUCCCAGCUCAUUGGUUGAGAUGCUCAGAGAGAACAUUCUCCAUGUAGUGCAGGUCCACCUCUUUGAUUGCACUUGCUUUUUCUAUAUAACGUUACAAUGCCUUCUAUAUAAUGUUACAAUACUUUCUAUAUAAUGUUAAAAUGCCACAUCAACGACGUUAAAAUGCCUUCUAUAUAACGUUACAAUGCCAUAAUGGGACAUAUAGUGUCUACUGGCUCAAUAUCUCCACACAGAGAGCCAGCUAGGUGGAUUACAUUAAGGUCUGAAUAACAUGACAAUGCCAUGGGACCUGCUGCACAGCAUUACAGAGCCUUAACCCAUCUACAGAAGGCAGCAGCUGUUAGAGCCACUGGCCACAACCCCCCCCCCUGAUCCAUCUGUCCAUCAAUCUAUCUAUCCAAAAGUAUGUGGACACCCUUUCAAAUUAGUGGGUUCUAUUUCAACCACACCCAUUGCUGACAGGUGUAAAAUAAAAUCGAGCACACAGCCAUGCAAUCUCCAUAGACAGACAUUGGCAGUAGAAUGGAGAGCUCAGUGACCUUAAACCUGACACCGUCAUAGAAUGCCACCUUUCCAACAAGUCAGUUUGUCAAAUGUCUGCCCUGCUAGAGCUUCCCCCGGUCAUCUGUAAGUGCUGUUACUGUGAAGUGGAAACAUCUAGGAGCAACAACGGCUUAGCCGCGAAGUGGUAGGCAACACCAGCUCACAGAACAGGACCGCCAAGUGCUGAAACGCAUAAAGAUCAUCUGUCCCCGGUUGCAACACUCACUACCGAGUUCCAAACUGCCUCUGGAAGCAACGUCAGCACAUGAACUGUUCAUCGGGAGCUUCAUGAAAUGGGUUUCCAUGGUCGAGCAGCCGCACACAAGCCUAAGAUCACCAUGUGUAAUAACGGCUGGAGGGGUGUAAAGCUCGCCGCCAUUGGAAUCUGGAGCAAUGGAAAUGCAUUUUCUUGGGUGAUGAAUUUCGCUUCACCAUCCGGCAGUCCGACGGAUUAAUCUGGUGAUCCGACGGACGAAAACCUGACUGGCCGGCACAGAGCCCUGA